UUUAACAAAUCCAAAGUGGCUGACUAAUGAUGUCAAUCAGCCGGCAGAGUUUUAUUUAGGGCUGUGGCUGCUCAAAUGCUCACCAGCAGCUGUUGUGAGUGUGUGUGAGCGCAUGCGUGUCUGGACUUUCCCAUUCUUCUGAUCGUACCACUUUGUCUGGGAAUCCUCGUCACCAUGACUCUCCAGUGGACAUUUGUGGCUUUCUUCCUCUAUGCAGAGAUAGCAGUCAAUCUCAUCUUGUGUAUACCCUUCAUAUCAGCACGGAGAUGGCGUUCAGUUUUCAGCUGGAGAAUAUGGAACUGGUUAUCUCCAUACUGGAACAAAUGCUUCUUUACAAUGAUCAUGGUUCUUAUAGUUCUUUUCCUCGAUGCUGUCCGUGAGGUGCAGAAGUACUCGGGUCCUGAGCCCAUGCACGACGCCAAGGUGAACCCGAAUUUGUACGACAACGUCCACAUGAAGCUGUUCAGAGCCCAGAGGAACCUCUACAUAUCAGGCUUCUCUCUCUUCCUCUGGCUUAUAAUGCGUCGGGUUGUGACCUUGCUAAAUGAGGUUGCUGUAACCAUGGAGAACAGUGCAGGUCUUCAGGCACAGAUGGACAGUGCUGUCAAAGCAGGCAAGCAGCACCAAGAGGACAACCUGAUGCUCAAACAAGCUCUCCUGGACGAGGAAAAAUCCAUGUCAGCAAAAAACCAGCAAUUGAAGCUGGAGGCUGAGAAACUGGCAGAUCAAGUGAAGGCUGCUGAGGAUGCUGUGCGCAAGUCUCAUGCUGAGGUGGAGGCCAUGAGGAGGCAGGCCAAAGGUCUGGCACAAGAAUACGACAGACUAUUGACGGAACAUCAUCAACUACAGAAUCUCCAGAGUCCUGCAGACAAAAAGGAUCAGUAACUGCAUGAACACAGAAACUUUUGUUUCCAGGUUUCUCCUCUGCAAAUGGAUACCUUUUCUUCUCAUUACACAAGAACUGAGUGCUGCAUGCAGUGAGCCACCAGAGGCAAUGUUUGAAUUAUCUUUUACAACUUUCAUUUUUCUUUGAAGUUUGAACCGAGGCACUUUUUUUAUUUGACGGGAUCAAACAAGAGGUAGACAACAGUGUAUCGGAUAAACAACAGCAUGCCAAGUUUUCAAAUGCUGUAAACCUCUUCUCACCAAAGUCUUUAUCACCAAUGCAAUACUUGUGUUUUUGCCUGUUACCUGUAAGAAUUAAAAGGAUAUAAAUGAA